AUGACUUCAAAAUCGGAAAAAUAUCUUAUUGAAAAUGUUGAGGAUAUAGAAAAACAGUUCGCGGUAAAAGCUGUUGAACAUGCUCAAGUCUAUUGGAAAUUAUUAACAAGAACUAAAGGAAGCACAUUACGUCUUACCAGGGUAGAUCACGAAAUAUAUAAUCAUUUUAUAAGAGAAUUUCAGGAAUAUGCAUCAAAAGAAUCAGUUUCUUUAAUUGAUGAAAAUAAAAUAAAAUCUUCUGAAAAUAAAGCAAGAUGGCGUAAAUUCAUGAUGAUCUAUGAAAAUAAGAUUGAAGACUAUAAUUUUGGUACAUUAUUAAGAAUAGAUUCACAUGGAGAAUAUGAAGAAAAAACUACUAUUUUUGUUCCUAGAAUACAGUUUUACGCAUUCGAAAUUGCACGCAACCAACAUGGACUUAAUGAUUGGAUCUAUGAAACAUAUAAAACAAAAUAA